CCAUAGUGUGUGAGAUGGAUUGGCACCUCAUCCAGGGUGUCCCCGCCUUGCGCCCCAUGCUCCCUGGGGUAGGCUCCAGGUUCCCCGCGACCCUGUAGGAUAAGCGGUGUAUAUAUAGAGGAUGGAUGGAUGGAUGGAUGAUUUAGUCAAUUUGUGACGUCACAGCUAGCUCUUAAGGUAAUUAGCAUAUUUAAACGAGCCCCUGGUGACGAACAGAAGGUUGGUGUCGGCUGUAGGAUGUGAUGGAGGGUGUUGAACGGGUUAAAGGUGUGUGGAUGUAGAUUCCGGUGUUCCUGCAGGAGUCGGGAGCAGAGUGUUGUGUCUUUAAGGAACAGGUGGCUGUGAACAGUGACGCGUUAAUGGCACUCACAGAGGAGACAUGAAGCCUUUCUGCUCUCUUCCUGAGCCGUAAACGAGCACAAAGCCGUUAUUAAUGCUUCCUUCACAGCCGUCGUGUCGCGUCUGGACGUGAAUCAGGAUUAAGCGUGUUGUUGCGGAGCUGGGACUGAUGUGUGCGAUGCUCCUGACCGCUUUACCCCAGUUCAGUUUAAAGAUUGAUGAGCCUGUUGAAAUGCUCCCGAAAUCCAGAAGAGCCCUCAGUAUCCAGGAGAUCGCAGCGUUGGCCAGAUCAUCACUCAACGGGAUCUCUCAGGUGGUGAAGGAUCAUGUGACCAAACCGACGGCGAUGGCUCAGGGUCGAGUGGCUCACCUGAUCGAGUGGAAAGGCUGGUCCAAACCCUUGGAGCCGUCGUCUGCUACGCUGCAGUCGCAUUUUAAUUCCUACUCGCACCUCAGCGAGGGAGAGCAGGAGGCGCGCUUCGCAGCAGGCGUUGCGGAGCAGUUCGCCAUCGCAGAAGCUAAACUCCGAGCCUGGAAUUCUGUGGAUGAGGAGGAUGUGGAGGAAGAGUGUUCUGAAGAGGAACUCGCUCACAGUAACGAGUUAACCAUCACCACUCAGAGCUCAGACGCCAUGCUGUCCAAUCAGGAGAGCCUGACGCCGUGCCAGCCUGAAACGAAUCAGAACAUCAGUGCGGAAUCCAGCCUCAUCCUGACUCACUCAGACGGCCAUCGAAACACAGAAGAACCACAAGGAACCGUAGAAGAACUACAAAUCCCAUCAGAAGAUCUCCAGCUGCCAUCAGAUGAGGUCCAGAAGUUCAAACGUAGGUCCUUAUGGAGCAGAGGCGACUCCUGCUACCACUCCGCCUCCUACUCCGAGUCCGGUCUAUCUCCAGACGAAGGGGAGCAGGGAGUAGAAGUGGAGGACAAUGUCUUUCAGGAGGUGAGCUGCUGGUACAGCAUGUCUGAUACUUCAGGAGCGGCGUCCUUCGACGACGAGGUGGACGUGGAGGACGGAGAAACGUCCAGGCAGUGAUGAUGAUCUCUCUCUCUCUCUCGCUCGCGCUCUCUCUCUCCAUUUCUCGAUACGUAUCGUCCCUUUAGUGUCCCCUCAGUCUGUCAGUUAUCUGGACAUCAUCUGGUGAACAGAUCAGUGGACACAUUUAUCUCCU